GAAGGAAAAAGUAAGAGCUGGCAAGUCCAUCCGCGCCGGCGGCACCAAGAGGCAGGCUUCUCCGUCAAGGAAGGCAAAGAGAGAGCGCUUGGAGGCAGCCAAGGAUGGAGUUGCGGAAGGGACGGUCUGAGCUCUCCAAGAGUCCCUGAGCUGGAAAGAGAAGCAAGGGGGCGAGGAGGGAGAGAAAGAGAGAGAUCCUUGCCCUCUACUCUCCAGAUUGGAUGGAUUGAUGGGCAACCCUCGGUUCCUGCCACCUCGCGAAGCCUUGGCCAGGGGGGAAAAGGCGAAGGCAAGCGCAAGAGGACGCACCCUCGGAUGCCUCUUGAGAAAGACUGACAGCACUCAAGGAGCGCCGCUUGACCAGAAAGAGUGAGAGGGCGAAAGAAGAGAGAGCCUCAGGAUUCCGGGCGAGCAGGCGAGUGAGGUCCGAGGGAGACGGAUAGGAGGAGGAGGAGGAGGAGGAGGAGGGGAAAGACAGACGGAGAGAGGGAGGAGGGAGGGCUCCGUCUGGAAGUCGAGCCACCGAGGUGCGCGUCUGGCUCCAAAGGGCAGCGCGGAACACCGGAAGGAGAGGAGCCGGUAGGAAAGGCUUGUGGGUGGGGGGAGCAGAGGCAGGUGAGAGGGUCUCUGGAAGGAAAGCCGGGGAAGCCAGGGGUGGCGUCGUAGAACGGGGGAAGGCGAGGAGUGAAGGGAGGCGGCCGAGCCUCCAGGGGAAGUGGAGGAGCGAGGGAGAAAGAGAAAAGAAAGAAAGUUCGUUCUGGAGAAAGGAGGGAAGCUGGGUAAGACAGGAGAGGAAGCAUUGUUAGACCCUGGGAAAUGAGAUCUGGGGAAAGAGGGGGUUGAAAGACACGGAGAAGUGAAGGGAGGGAGGGAAGAGAUAGAUAAGAGAGACAGAGACUGGUGGGACAGACGAGGCUCCUCUUGCCGCCACCUCCACCCAUCCCAGCAGGGCUCCUCUGCUCCCCUCGCCCCAUGCCCAGCUAACGCCUCCUGCGGCUGCUGCAGCUGCUUCUCCUUUCCCUGGACUCCCAGCGGCUGCGGAGGAUGGAAGAGGAGGCCUCCGCCCCGUCGGGGCCCCGCUCGGCGGUGGAGAAACUGUCGGAGGCGGUGGGCCAGCGCACGAAAGCCCUGAGCAGCGCCCUGCAUGAGGCCAACCGCCAGCGGCGCCUCCUGCUGGUCAUCGUGUGCGUGGCGCUGCUGCUGGACAACAUGCUGUACAUGGUGAUCGUGCCCAUCGUCCCGGACUUCGUGGCCGCCCUCAACGUCGCCGAGGAACGCCAGCAGGGAGCGCAGCAGCAGCAGCAGCAGCAGCAACAGGCGCCCGCCCCGGCCACCGCCGCCUCCAACAUCUCCACGACAGGUGGUGGCCUGGGCUGGUCCCUCAACAGCACCCGGCCCAUGCUGAGGCCUCGCUACCCGGCCGACAGCGACGACAUCCGGAUCGGGGUGCUGUUCGCCUCCAAGGCCAUCUUGCAGCUGCUGGUCAACCCGCUGAGCGGCACGUUCAUCGACCGCGUGGGCUACGCCAUCCCUCUGCUCAUCGGCCUGGGCGUCAUGUUCCUGUCCACCAUCAUCUUCGCCUUCGCCGAGAACUACGGCACCCUGUUCGCGGCGCGCAGCCUGCAGGGCCUGGGCUCGGCGUUUGCCGACACGUCGGGGAUCGCGCUAAUCGCCGACAAGUACACGGAGGAGUCGGAGCGCAACCGCGCGCUGGGCAUCGCGCUCGCCUUCAUCUCCUUCGGCAGCCUGGUGGCGCCCCCUUUCGGAGGCAUCCUGUACUACUUCGCGGGCAAGAGGGUGCCCUUCCUGGUCCUGGCCUUCAUCUCGCUCCUGGACGGCCUGCUCCUCCUGUUGGCCAUCAAGCCUUUCAGUGACAGGUCUCGGGACAACAUGCCCGUGGGCACCCCCAUCUACAAACUCAUGAUAGACCCCUACAUCAUGGUGGUAGCCGGGGCCCUCACCACGUGCAACAUCCCCUUGGCUUUCCUGGAGCCCACCAUCUCCAACUGGAUGAAGAAGACCAUGGACGCCAACGAGUGGGAGAUGGGCCUCACCUGGCUGCCGGCCUUCAUCCCCCACGUGCUGGGCGUCUAUGUCACCGUCAAGCUGGCAGACAAGUACCCCCACCUCCAGUGGUUCUAUGGGGCGCUGGGCCUGGCCACCAUAGGGGCCUCCUCCUGCAUGGUGCCCGCCUGCCGGAACUUCUGGCAGCUCACCGUCCCUCUGUGUGGCAUCUGCUUUGGCAUUGCCCUGGUGGACACCGCCCUGCUUCCCACCCUCGCCUUCCUGGUUGACGUCCGCUACGUGUCGGUCUAUGGCAGCGUCUAUGCCAUCGCCGACAUCUCCUACUCGGUGGCAUACGCCCUGGGGCCUAUUGUGGCCGGGGAGAUCGUCCACUCCUUUGGCUUUGUGCAACUCAACCUGGGCAUGGGCCUGGCCAACGUGCUUUACGCCCCCAUCCUCCUGGCCCUCAAAAACAUUUGCCAGAUGAAGCCCUCGCACUCGGAGAGGAACAUUCUCCUGGAGGAGGGGCCCAAGGGACUCUACGACACUAUUAAGAUGGAAGAACGCAAAGGCAAGGGCAAACACCUCCACCCGGUAGGGGGCGCUGAAGAGAAUAGCGUAGACUCUUUCCAUAGAGACUUCAGAGGGGCGUCUGAAGAGGACUCUUCAGACUAUGACUAUACUUAGAGGGUGGGCGGAGUACCCCAAGAGGGAGUCAUGGAGAGCAUCUUGGCUGUUAUGCCCCAAUGUGCCAAUAUACUACUUUAACCUUUGUCUUGAUGUGAUGGCUUUUUUCUUCUUCUUCUUCUUCUUCUUCGUCUUCUUUCUCAAAGGUAUUACCUUAAACACCCUGUCAAGAUGAAAGCUCCAGAUAACUAUCCUAACAUGAACGGUGCAUUUGCAGAGAUCUGUGAUGGUCCUUUCCCGUUAAAAGAGGGGAGGACACACGUCCAAAACUCCCUGACAAAAGCCUGUUGUGCCAAGAGGUUUUUCUCGCAAUGUUUGUGUGUGACUUUCGGCUGGUUCACACAUACAUGUACAUCACUAAGUUUGCCACAUACACGGGGGUAAUGCUAUCCCUUGGAAGCGUUUCACACAAUUACACGGGUUUUCUUUUUCUCCCCCCCCCCCACACUUGACUGCGGCACACUUGAUGACUUGAAUGUAUGAACUGACUCCGCCGAGAAAGCGUUGUGUUUUUGAGGUGGUCUGAAAAUUAUGUCUGUGGUGCUGGGCUUGUGAGGGUCUGCUCCUCCUUUGUGAACCAUCCCCUGGAUUUUGUAGCUCGAGGGAAACAGGUGCCAAUCACCCUGUCCUGCAUAAAUUCUCAUAGAAACACCUUACAACACCAUUGAAGUAUCUUCUUAAAAUUGUAAGGGAGAAAAAAGUAAGUUGCAAAAUGCACAUCCGGGGUCUCAAUAAAUAUUGUACAUUUUUAUAAAUAUAUAUAGGUACCUGUGUGGAAACUGUCGGUUUCAUAUUUAAUGCCAGCAAUGGAAAUCACGUCGUAUUAUUUCUCCUCUCAGCGAGGGGGAAAGAAAUCUGUAACCAUUUAUUUAUUUUUCUGUUGUGCUGCUACUCUGAUAAAUGCAAUAUACCGUACCAUGUUUUAGUCUGAAACUGCUACACUGGUUGUGCCGGCUGAAUAAAUGGCGUUCAGGGGAACCGUA